UGGAAAAAUGUGAUCGCAUUUCUUGUAUUCCAUAUAUUAGGUUUUUACGGUUUAAUCAUUUUCCUCGCUUUCCAAAUUAAAAUAUUAACGUGGAUUUACGUUGUGAUGUUAGGAUUUUUAGGGGGCUUUGGAAUCACUAUGGGGGCCCAUCGUCUUUUCACACAUCGUGCAUUUAAAGCCACAACCCCAACGAGACGAAUUUUGAUGAUUCUUUUCAUUAUGAAUGGACAGAAUUCCCUUUGGGAGUGGGCUAGGGAUCAUCGGCAGCAUCACAAAUACUCCGAUACUGAUGCUGAUCCCCAUAAUGCCCAUCGAGGAUUCUUUUUCUCCCAUGUGGGAUGGCUCCUAUCCCGGAAGCAUCCAAAAGUCAUACAAUAUGGCAAAAAAAUCAACAUGUCAGACUUCGAAGCAGAUUCUUGGAUUAUGUUUCAAAAGAAAUACUUCAUCCCAAUCUACCUUGUGGUCUCCAUAUUCAUCCCGUGCAUCUUUCCUAUUUUGCUGUGGAACGAAGAUCCAAUUGUAUCCCUUCUGGUUUGCUUUAUUGGCAAAACAGCGGUUGUACUUAAUAUUACAUGGUCCGUAAAUAGUUUCUCUCAUCUCCAUGGAACAAAACCCUACGAUAAAUCUAUCCUUCCGGCUCAGAAUGAAUUUGUAAGCUUCAUAGCUGGAGGGGAGGGAUAUCACAACUACCAUCAUGUCUAUCCAUGGGACUACAGAACCGCAGAACUUGGAUCAAACUACAAUUUAACCGCCAAAUUGAUUGAUUACUGCGCCAAGAAGGGAUGGGUUUACGAUCUCAAAGUUCCCACAGAGGAGUCCAUAAGGAAUCGCGUCAGGAAGACUGGAGAUAACUCUCAUGAAAAAUACGGAGAUAUUACCAAGUACACUUAA